AUGGACAAGUCACCAAACAUAUCGCCCGGGACGUCGGAAGUCCCUGAUGCCAGCCAGGAUGUCCACCCCACGUACACCCGCGAAUCGUCUGCCAGCACGGCGACAAUAACCCCAAUGACCGAGUCGGGGCCGUCCAAGUUCACGUCCCAGGCAUCUGCCACGUCCACUUCGUCGUCCGCCGCGCCGUCUCCCCUCGUAUCACGCGAGCCAUCUCCCACCAGGCCACUGUCACGGACGGCAACUUCUCGCACUUCAUCAGCGAAUUCCGGAAUCCGCUCGAGGAAGAACAGCCAGCAAGACCUCAGUCCUUCGCGAUCCGCAAAGCAGACCAACGCCCCAUCAGCACCAGCAUCCAAAUCUCUCUCCUCCGCUAGCACCCCUACGCUCCUCCCGUCUACCUCAGAUCCGAGCUCUAAUGUGGGCGCGCCCGUCAAGUCACCCACCACGAUGGAACAUUUGCGAGAGUCGCCCAGAUGGCCCGUGUCCCCGAGGUUACGAUCUCCACCGCCCAUCCUCCACAAGCCGAAUAUGGGGUUACCGCGAAGGCCAGAACCGGAGGCACCCCUGAUUAACGUUCAGCGCCCCACCCCACCAAUUCCCCCUCCGACGGACUUGCCAUCCGACACGGACGCCGAAGACCUCCAUAUUGCAACCGGCGGGAGGACACCCGCGCGCGGGGGAGGCGGUAGCACAUCAACCCUCGAGACCGUGCAGGAAGUCAGCCCGAUAGGAUCCCCACGAGGCCCGACGGAGUCGAUACACGAGAAAAUCGACGACAGCAUGGUUUCGGAAACGUCGCAAGCCGACUCCGUAGGCCUCGGUCUCUCCCACAACGGCGAGGGAAGGACAAGCGCGGGGGACAGCGGCAGCGAUACCGACAACAUCAAGACCGGGCGGCGGAGCGGAGCUAUAAGCGCACCUCCUCUGACGAGCAGGCAGUCGAGCACGUGCAUCAAGCAGGGUGUCACCAAGAGCAAGACCGGUGAGGGCUCGUUGCAGAGCAUGACAGUCGAGACAGAGACGGUGACGUCGAUUCCACAAGCCCCGCUCGUCCCGGGGACGGGAGGGCAAGGUUCGACCGUCAGCCUGCGCACAAAGGGGAGCACGGAAACGAUACGACCAAAGAAGGAGAAGAAGAAGCCGGCACGGAAGACACCCACCGUGACGGCCGGCAAUGGUGAGCCACCGAAUUUAGCUGCUUUAUUCCCCCGGUUACGCCAUUAUCAGUCCAUGGGAUCAGUCGUCUCAUCGGCCGAGAAGUCCGUCUCGCCGACAAAAUGGCACCACGACGAAGGAGAUAGUCGCUCUCGUCAAACCCACUCCCGCAGGCAAAGCAUGGUCAUGUACCAGAUGAGCAGCUUACUGACAAGGCAUCGCUUAGCAUCGUCCAAGGCCGAUAUCUUCGAGGCCAAGGUCGCGAGCGCCGUCGAAGAGGCCAACUCGUCCGACUCGGACGAGACCUUUGUCUACGAUUCUAACCCCCCAGAUGCCCGCGAGCGGCCCAUGCGGUUCCACUCGCGAACCCCCAGCACCACCUCGAUGGCCAGCCAGAUCGACCGCGCCGGCAUGCGCUCGAUUCACGCCGUUAUGGAAGCCAACGGCCCGCCCGUCGUACCCAAGAAGAGCAUGAAGUUUGUAAACUCGUCCGCCACCAACGGCCACAGCGACAGCGGGUUUGCCGAGGACGACGGCAGGGGCACCGGGAGAAGCACCGCCGGUUCUGCCCGGGGAACCGCCCGUCACCACCACCACUUCGGCCGCUGGGGCCGCAACGGCGGCGGCAACGGCCACCCCUCUCUGUUUGCCGAGCACGGCCCGUUCGGCGGAUCCCUGGCCCCAGGGAAUAUGAACUCGCGGCAAUCGUCCGCGCCCCCAAGCCCGCGAUUCGCCAACCGUGCCACGACCGGGGCAAACGGCAAGCGGGGGACGCACUUAUCGAUGGGCUACGAUCUUGACGACACCACAGGUGCCGACGACGAGACGACGCCUCUCAUUGGGUCUGGGACGGUACGAUCAUCACGCUCUGGCAGGAGCCGGAGGGGCGGGCACUCCAUGCGGUCUAUCGAAGCGCAGACCUACCACCGCUCGGCGCCCUCGGUGCUUAACCGGUUCGCGAGCUGCCUCGUCCUCACCGUGAUGCUCCUCCUCGUCGUCUCGGGUGCCAUCGGGUUCAUGUUUGCCACAUCCCAACCGCUCACCGGCAUCCAGCUCGUCUCGAUGGACCACGUCGUGGCGAGCCAGCAGGAGCUGAUGCUCGAUUUGACUAUCAAAGCCCACAAUCCCAACGUCGUGGUUGUCGUCGUCGACUCGGCCGACAUCGAAGUCUUCGCCAAGUCCCCGCACGCCAUGUCCGACUCGGAAUGGUGGCGCUACACCCACCCGGGCGAGAUCGGCCCACCGCCGCCCCGCAAACCGGCGGACAGCGAAGGCGCAAGCAACACGAUGCAAAUUCUCGACGCCGAACCAGACCCGGCCCCGCCCGACGACGCGGCGCCCAACAUGCGGCUGGGCACCAUCACGGGGUUCGACAGCGCGCUCUCGUUCGAGGGCUCCUUCUUCCACAAGGGCAUCUCGUACUCGAGCGGCGAGGUGCGCCUCAAGAACCCCGGAAACGGCACCUACGGCGGCCCGGAGCGCUGGGAGCGCAUCAUGGACGACGAGUUCACCCUCAUCCUCAAGGGCGUCCUCAAGUACACCCUGCCCCUCAGCCAGCGCGUCCGCACCGCCACCAUCUCCGGCAAGACUACCGUCAAGCCGAAUGCGGCGAAUGACCCCCCCGGUCUCAAGCCUAAUGGGACUGAGGGCGGUGGUGGUGGUGGUGGGAGUCAACCCCCUGCUGACGGGGAGGUGACGAUUUCUGUUGCUUUGUAG